AUGUCAGACGCUACAGACAGACGAGAGCUCGUCCGCAAUGCAGUUUCAUUCCUCUCAGACUCUACGAGCCAACAGGCACCGAUUACCCAGCGUGUGCAAUUCCUUGAAGCAAAAGGCCUUACCGGUCCAGAAAUCGAGGAGGCAAUGAAGCAGGCGGCGAACCAGACCGCGCGCUCGCAGCCUGCGGCCCAGAAUUAUUUCCAAUCGCCGUAUCCAGCAUAUGGGCCAGCUCAAUAUCCCACCUAUCCUUCUCAGCAGUGGGACUGGCGCGAUUAUUUCAUAACUGCUGUGAUAUCAGGGUCAGUGGUGUAUGGUGCCGUCUCGCUGUUCAAGAAAUAUCUGCAACCACACCUCAUUCCUCCAGCAGCGACUGCAUAUGAGCAAGACCGCGAUGGUCUGACAGCACAGUUUGAUGCUGCAGAGGCCCUCUUGAAGGAAAUUCAGGCUGAGACCGAAGCCGUCAAGUCUGCGGUGCAUGAGCAAAACGAACGGGUGAACAAAGUUACCAAAGACGUUGAGUCAGUAGUAGUUGAAAUGAGGGAAGGUGAGUCAAAGACGCGGGACGAGAUGCGUGAAAUCCGUGACGAAGUGGAAAAUAUCCGAGAGAUGCUGCCCAAGAUGAUUGAGAAGAACAAAGAGACUCAGAAGGAGUCUCUUUCUGAGCUGCAACAAGAACUCAAAUCUCUCAAGGCUCUCCUGCUCAGUCGUGGAUCUGCUCCACUGACAAGCUCUCCUUCGACACCAUUACCCUCGUUGGCUGGUAGACCGUCGAUACCUACGUGGCAAUUGGCUAGCUCGGCGUCAUUUGCAUCACAGCGCCCUGGGAGUCCGCUGUCACGAUCUUCUAGCCCUGUCCCUUCUAUCCCGAAGAGCAACAGUACGCCCGAUCCUGGACUACGCAAAUUUACUCUCGAAGAACGGCUUCGCGCGUCGUUCUCAGUCGGAGAAGCAUCCAAUACCACAUCGCCUGCUAUCUCUUCCAGAGGUUCGCCGGCGCCGAAUGCAGUUCUGGUCACGCAGCAUCCACUCUCCCCCACAUCGAUUCCUCUGCCAGGCUCCCCUGUAAUUCCAGCAGCAGCUUCCCCACCACAAGUAUUUGAUACCCAGCCCAGCGACCUUCCGUCAGAUAUUUCGUCAUUUUCCCUCGCUGCCAAUCCCCUCCAAGGUGCUGGUGAAGAUGGCUCUCAUGCUACCUCAUCGUCAGAGGUUCCUCAAACUCUAGCUGAUGUUCCACUGCCACUGAGCCCAGAAGAAACACCUGCCGCAGAUAGCCCCGAUAGUUCCCCACUAGCCGUAUUAGCCGCUAUUGCAACAGAAGAAAAUAUCCAGACGGUACAAUUGGCACAAGUUAACGGCUCGAAUUCUGGAGAUAUUGAUGGCAACGCCGAUGUUCCCAUUCAUAUAGACGCAUCUGAUUCGCAUGUGUCAGAAGUUCACGAGUCAGGUUCUGGAGACAUUGAUGGCAACACCGGUGUUCCCAUUCAAAUAGAUGCAUCUGUUUCAGACGGUGACGGUGAUGGUGAUGGUGAAAAGACUGAACAACUUCCAGAAGACCCUUCAACUGUGCCUUCAAAAUGCGGCGAAACUGAUGUAGAAGCUCUUCAAGAACGUCUAAGACUCGUUGAACAACGGUUUUCAGAUGUGUCGACAUCUUUUAAGAGACUUCAGGCAGAACGGUCAACUGUAGAUGACGUCGUUCGGGAAUUGACACCUUUGGAAGAUACCAAGGAUGCAACCGUACUCCGUGACUACUUGUCUAACAUGAACAUGAAGACCGAGCUUGCACAAGAUGAACUGCAGCGUCUCAACGGAAAACUGACACGUCAAGAGGAGCGUAUCGAGGAGCUCAGAGAUACUCACCGGCUUGAAACCAGGUCUCAGUCGGACCAGAUCGACAAACUCCGUCAACAGCUCGACGAAGCGGAAGCCCUCGUUGCAGCCUCCCAAGCUUCAGCUUCUCAUACGGAAGAAGAAAUAGCGAGGCGGAAUGCCGAUAUGGAGCGACUUGCAGCCGAGGCUGCAAAAGCAAAAGAGGUGGCAAAAGAAGAGGAAGAAAAGCGUGUCAAGGCGAUCAGUCUCCUCAAGACUGUGCGUCAGAAGCUUGUCAAAGCCGAGAAGGACAGAGACGACGCGCUGAGGGAAAUCGGUGAAUCUAAGGAGAAGGAGAGGCAGGAGCGAGACAAAGAUAGGGCUGAACGAGCAAGGUUGCAGUCGGAAAUCGACGCGGUCAAUGCAGAGCGAGAGAAAGCGGUAACAGGAUUAAGGACCCAGUUUGACAAGGAGGUAGCUGCUGUCAAGGACCGCAGUGAGAAGGAGCUUUCUGCCGUCCGCGCACAAUCUGAAGCUGAAAUUGCAACACUGAAGAUGUCGCAUUCAACGGAAUUGACUCAUAAGAGGUCACAGAUCGCUACUUUGGAAGCAUCUGUCAACAAUCUCUCCAGGGAGAACAGGACAUCCUUUGAGCAACUCCAGAUUCGGCAGGCUGAGUUAGAAUCCUCUCAGCACCACGUCGGGACCCUCCAGAGUCAACACACUGAACUACAGUUCCAGCUUAGAGAAGCACAAGACCGUCUUACCCUUCUCACCGAGGAAAUCUCAGAUCUUCGAGGGGAACAAGAAACGCGACCGCAUGGGCCAGGCACUUCCCAGGAAGACGUCUCGCAGCUCAUCUCCGCGAUGGAGGCUAAGUACGAGGCCAAAUUGACAGAGGUCAAGAGGAACUUGGUCCUCGCAGAGAAGGAGCGUACAGAGAGCGAAGCGGACUGGAGUCGCAAGCUCUGCGAGAAAACUAGAGAAACGGACGAGCUGAAGAUGAUUCUGCAGUCUUCUGCAAAAUUGCGGGAAGAGAAAGAGAGCACUACAGGGGUGCUGAAAGGCGAGAUCGAGAAGCUAACAGUUGAAGUACAGAAUCACCAGCGUCAUGCGUUGGAGCUUCAGCUACAGGUUGACCGUAUGAAGGAUACUGAGACGUCAGUACAGCUUCGCAUCUCAGAUGCGAAAGCUGAAGCCGAGGGUUACAAGAGCCAGCUUGAAAGCCUGAAGGUUCAUGAAACACAGCUGCGUAGUCACAUCAAGACACUCCGAGAGGAACUCCGUAAAGUGCAAAACUCGGCUGCUUUGCUUGAGCGUCAGCGUAAUCCAGGAGUGGGUUAUUGGACCUCACGAAGCGAGAACACUGAUUCUCGCGCAUCAAUAUCAUCUUCCUCCGAUCUUCCAUCGCGAGCUGCAUCUCCUGGACCAACAUCGCCCACCCCGUCCAAAGGCGAUGAAGACAUCAACUUGGAGUACCUUAGAAACGUGAUAUUGCAGUUCCUAGAGCACAAGGAGAUGAGACCCAAUCUCGUCCGCGUUUUGUCCAUCAUUUUGCGUUUUACACCACAAGAGACCCGGAGACUGAUAGCAAAGGUCUAAUGAGGAAAUUAUUACAGUUAUUCGAUGAAGCUUUGAGGGAUAGAUAGAUCAUAUAUACCUACAUACUUUUUCCGCAUUGUCAUUUGCAAUUUACCGUAUCAUUACUACUAUUGGACACUGAUGUUGCGUAAAUGAG